AUGCCUACAUCGCCUGCGUUUCCGCUCCAGAAGUACCAGCUCAUAUCGUCCAUCAAGCUACAACAAGCUGCAAAGGAGCAGGCGAUGGCGGGGGACGUCGCCGCGAAGGAGCAAGUAGCGGCCGCCAAGGCCGAACGUGACCGCGCUGCCUACGGCGGAGGGGCGGUCUCUCUGCUCGCGGGGGGAGGGGAGUCGCCGCAGGCGGCGGCUCCGCCACCGGCUCCGCCCCUCGCAGAGCUCCUGCCACAGGACGGGGCUCUGCUGGGGGGGGGCGUGGUCUUGGUUCCACCGCGGGUGGGCGAGGCACGUCCUCGGGCGCGGGAGGCGCGGUCGGACGUAGGCAUGUCUCCGCUAGGGGUGGACGCCCCAGAAUGGGGGCUGGGGCUUGGUGGGAUAGACGACGUGGAGGAGCUAGGGGAAGAUCCCGAGGACCCCCGGGGCGAGGACGAGGACUUUGGUGGCGGCGGGCAGGGGGACUACGACGAUGGCGACGAGUCUUCUGCCUCAGGGUUAGUGCAUGGGGAUGAAGGCAGCGACGGACAAGGCCAGUUCGAGCUCGACGACGAGGAGGCGACGGAACUCUCCGCGGGCAAGGCGGGUCGGAAGGUGCGCUCCGGGAGGGGGGGAGGCGUGCGAAAGCAGAAGUUUCGCGGAACCCCAGGUGGCGUCUCGGGUGGUAGCUCGGAGAUAAUGGACUUGAUGAAGAUGGCUGUGACCAAGUUGGUGGACAGACCGAACCCUCAGCAGCAACCGCCCGCGCCCGCCGAACUCGAUGCGCUUAGGGCACAGGUUGCGCACAACACUCAGCUCGCGCAACGCAGUCACGACAUGGCCGAGCAGAGUCUGCAGCAGUCCCAGCAAGGGUUGGGGUUGUUGCAAAGUAUUGCGGCCAAAAUCGGCGUGGGACAGCCAGGAGGACAUUCAGGGGGGGCGGCGACAGCUCCUUGGGCGCCGCCGCCGACUACUCCGGUGGCACCUCAAGCUACCGCUGCCGCGGCGACCUCAUCACCGCGGCCGCCGCCGCCAGCUCCGGCGCCAGCUGCCGCCGCAGCGGCGUCCCCGGCGGGUGCCCCACCUGCGGUGGGAAUACCCCCUCCCGCUGUUCUCCCAGGGGGGCGCCUUCGGGAGGCCGGGUGA